GUGCUGCUUGAUGUACCGUGGCGAUGUAGUUCCCAAGGACGUGAAUGACACCGUUGCCACGAUCAAGACUAAGCAGACCAUCCAGUUCGUAGACUGGUGCCCUACUGGUUUCAAGCAUGGUAUAAACUACCAGCCGCCCACUGUUGUCCCCUGUGGCGAUCUUGUUAGGGUACAGAGAGCCGUCUGCAUGAUUUCCAACUCGACCAGUGUGGCCGAGGUGUUUUCACGCAUUGACAUUAAGUUUGAUCUCAUGUAUGCGAAGAGGGCCUUUGUUCACUGGUACGUGGGUGAGGGAAUGGAGGCAGGUGAAUUCUCUGAAGCUCGAGAAGACCUUGCUUCUCUAGAGAAGGAUAACGAAGAGGUUGGCGCUGAGGGAACUGAAGAUGAUGGUGACUCCGGGAACGAAUACUAAUUUGUUUUACCCAUCUUUUCUUUCCGUGAGAUUUGUGUGUUAUCUAUGUUAAAUGUGAGUGUGUUUAUGGCAUUAUUUUAGU